GAAUCAAAGGUCUGGCUGUUAGCACCUAUAUUCCAACUGUGAAGUGCCAAAAAGGGCAACGAGGGAUCUGACUUUCGCUGUCACAAAUCGGAAAGUGAAGUUUAAAUUCCAACAUCUCGUCUUGACUGUGAGUAUCGCACGAGCACUAUAGAAAUAGAAACCUCUCCUUCGUCUUCUACAAGAAGUGAAAACUAAUGAUGCGAAGAAUCAUCAUUGCCCUUCUGGGGACUCUGCUUGCGAUCACAAGCCAAGCGUUUAUCGUCCCUACGACAUGCUCGCCGUUUUCCUCGGCUGCAAGUUCACGGGCAACAUCGUUUUCUUUGGGAAUAUUUGGUGACAGUAGUGGGAGUGGUAUCCUUAGCAAUCUCUUUGGAAGCAAAGACCCGGGUCCUAAGACGGUGCUGGAGAUCAAGGCAUCUGACGUCAAAGUUGGAGCAUUGAGAUUCUUACUCAAUAUAUACUUGGUCGGAGAGCAGAAUAAUCCUCAGCCCAAGUCCUGGCUGACCCGCCAAGGAGACUCUGGCGAUUUGAUGAUUUAUUAUGCCGAUGGGACUGGUAUGCUUUCUCUUGAACUACAAGAAUAUUCAAUAAAAGCGGUGCGGUACGGCGAAAAUCCAUCGCUUCAGUAUAAGCUGCAGGAAAGCGUCCUUUUGCAUAGCAUUUUGGAUGAACUACACAAUGUAGCUUUCGGAGUAGAAGACAUAGAUGAGGGGAAGCGGUUGCUCCAACUGAAGGACGAUACAGUAAUCUCGAAAGCCCGUGAAAAACUACCGGCAAGAAAAGCGUAAGCGGUACAGCUUUUGCUGUGC